UUUGCUUCCAUUUUAAGAAACGUUUUGCAACUGAUUCGGCUAAAUGAAUAAGCCACUUUUUUUUAAAGCGGAGUAGCUAGCCAGAGAGCAGAAAACAACAACAGCAGCGUGAACGAGGCUAAACAACGGGCUAGCUAGCUACAUGAAUAGCGACAACAGCAACCAGGAUUUGUCAAACGCAAUGCCCUUAGUUAUCUUAAUUAUUUGUCUUCUAGUCGGAUAAUGUGAGUAAUGUCAUUUUAAGCUUGGACCAAUUAUAUUUGCUGUUGCAUAUCGCUUUGCAUUGACAUUACGAACCUUACUCGAGAGCAAGCUACCUAGCAAUCGACGUCUCUCUAUGUUUGAAUAUCUUCCGGCGGCAGCAGCGGUGUCAUGAACAGUGGACUCCCAGCUUCAGCUGCUCCACUCGGGGGUGUCGGAAUAGCCUGCGUCAAGGUGAAGUUCUGCCGAUACUACGCAAAGGAUAAGACUUGCUUUUAUGGGGACGAGUGUCAGUUUUUGCAUGAGGAGCCGUCUAUGGCAAGCAUGUCCCUUCACAGUGGAGCAAGUCCUGUCCCUUUAUCCAUGUCUGGAGGAGCCGUGACGUAUCCGCUUAGUGCACCCCCGGCCUGCCCGGUUGGGGUACCGAACGUCCCCAAAAAGGGCGACUCUCUGGGGCCUGCAGGCACGGUUCUGGAGGGACAGAUGUUAACCAUCCCUGGGAUGGAGGGCGGGACCCUGAGCGAUGCCAAUCUGACCAACUCCUACUUCAGCAGCAGCUUCAUUGGGGUCAACGGCUUCGGGAGCCCGGCAGAGUCUAAAUACUCUAUCAUGCAGAGAAUCACCAACAGCAGCAGUUCUCCCAGUCUCCUUGACGACGGUGCCAAGAACUUCAGCCACAGCGCUCACGAUCCAGGGAAUUCCCCCAUUUCUUCACUCUUCAGUGACUUUGGUGCUCUGAGCAUAUCACAAAGGAGAAAGGGUCCUAACCCUACAGCCAAUGAGUUCAUCCCUAAGGGGGUUCCCCGCAUGGCCACUAUGGUCCAGUCCAGUGGUCCGGCCUUCCCAUCACCCCUCUUCCCCCACCUCGGCCUCAGCAGCUCCACCGCCCUCGCACCUGGGAUGUCUCUCUCUGCGGGGUCCACCCCCCUCCACUCCCCUAAAAUCACCCCCCAAACCUCACCUGCCCCUCGCCGGCGUAGCCACACCCCCAACCCCAAUAACCCCAACCCAGCCAACUACAUGGUGUCCACCAGUGUGUCUGACCAGGGGGCCCACAUCAUCCAGAAGGAAACGGUGGGGGGGACCACCUAUUUCUACACGGAUAACACCCCCGCUCCCAUGGCCGGGAUGGUGUUUCCUACCUACCACAUCUACCCCCCCACUGCUCCCCACGUGGCCUACAUGCAGCCCAAAGCCAACGCCCCGUCCUUCUUCAUGGCUGAUGAGCUCCGACAGGAGCUGAUUAACAGACAUCUGAUUACCAUGGCUCAGCUUGACCAGUCAGAGAACACAGGUGUUCCAUCUGAGGUGGAUAGCUACCACAGCCUGUUUCCCCUGGAGCCUGUCCCCCCUCCCAACCGCCUGCAGAAGACCAGCAACUUCAGCUAUAUCACUUCCUGCUACAAGGCUGUCAACAGCAAGGACGACCUACCGUACUGCCUGAGGAGGAUACAUGGUUUCAGGCUGGUGAACACUAAGUGUAUGAUGCUGGUGGACAUGUGGAAGAAGAUCCAGCACUCCAACGCUGUUACCCUGAGGGAGGUCUUCACCACCAAGGCCUUUGGAGAUCACUCGUUGGUGUUCUCCUAUGACUUCCAUGCGGGGGCAGAGACCAUGUUCAGCCGGCACUUCAACGACCCCGCGGCCGACUCCUACUUCACCAAGAGGAAGUGGGGACAGCACGAGCCCACUCCACCGCGGCAGCACGCAGGUCUGCUCCCCGAGUCUCUGAUCUGGGCCUACAUCGUCCAGCUGAGCUCAGCCCUCAGAACUAUCCACACUGCUGGUCUGGCCUGUAGGGUCAUGGACCCCAGCAAGAUCCUCAUCACCGGCAAGACCAGGUUACGAGUGAACUGUGUAGGGGUGUUUGAUGUCUUAACGUUUGACAACAGUCAGACCAACCAUGUGACCCUCAUGCCACAGUACCAGCAAGCGGACCUGAUAUCCCUGGGCAAGGUGGUGUUGGCCCUGGCCUGUAACUCUCUGGCUGGCAUUCAGAGAGAGAACCUGCAGAAGGCCAUGGAGUUGGUGUCUAUCAACUACUCAUCAGACCUCAAGAACCUCAUCCUGUAUCUGUUGACAGAGCAGUCUAGGCUGCGCAGCGUCAAUGACAUCAUGCCCAUGGUUGGAGCUCGCUUCUACACACAGCUGGAUGCAUCACAGAUGAGGAAUGAUGUCAUCGAGGAGGACCUGGCGAAGGAGGUCCAGAAUGGUCGUCUCUUCCGUCUGUUGGCCAAACUGGGCACCAUCAACGAGAGACCAGAGUUUCAGAAGGACCAUACGUGGUCUGAGACGGGGGACCGGUACCUGCUGAAGCUGUUCAGAGACCACCUGUUCCACCAGGUGACCGAGGCUGGAACCCCCUGGAUAGACCUCAGCCACAUUGUUUCCUGCCUCAACAAACUGGACGCGGGCGUGCCUGAGAAGAUCAGCUUAGUGUCUCGGGAUGAGAAGAGUGUUCUGGUGGUGACCUACUCGGACCUGAAGCGCUGCUUCGACAAUACCUUUCAGGAGCUGCAGCAGGCCGCUGUCGGACCGCUGUAGCGCCCCCCCACCCCCCCCCCCACAGGCAGCGGGGUGGGGCUGCCUGAACCGUACAGCACAUUAUUGCACUACAGCGGAGGACCAGGCGCAUAGUGAUGACAUCUUCAGCGUGGCGAGAGAGGCAGAGGGGGUGGGACUUGCUGGACCUCAGUCACAUACACUGUCUUGGCAACCAGGAAGGCUUUUCUAAAGCUGUUUUUUUAUUUUUCCUAAAAUCCCGCAGCUGCGAUGACAAGUAAUGGACAAAAACGGAAGCUGUAACGAUUACGAAGGCUUAAUUUUUUUUAGACUUGGGGAACAAAACGGAUACUAAAAAAUAAAACCACCACGUGGGAUUUCACUUUUUCCUGCUUUUAUUUUUUAUUUUUUUCUAGAUAUUUUUUUCUCCCUCUGUGGAGGAUGGACUAAGAUGUUUGACUUUUUUUAAUGAAUGUGAGUGGCCUACAGGCUGCACCUACCGAGAGUGGUGAACAGACACACACACACACACACUGAGAACCUAAUAUAAAAUCAGGCUUUAUUUUUACUGUGUCUUCCUGCUGGAGACCACACCCCUUCAUACCAACGCACUAAGAGACGGGACAGACCACUGGACGCUUUCAAAGGGGGUGGUCAGGGAACCCAUUUCUGAAAUGGACCUCCUUGCUUGUCGGUUCCCACUCAAAAGGACAAACCACUGAGUUUUUGGGUAGAGUGCUGGGUUGGGGACUCAGACAGACCAUUGGUCAAUUCAAUGCCUUGAUGUGGAGGUCAAGGAUCAUGCAACAUUGAGGUCAUGUGUUAGGGAGGCUAUUGCGUUAAACUGUGGUUUCUGUUGGCACUGAGGUAGGGUUUUGUCUAGAAGGGAUACAUUUUUUGGCAAAAUUGACUUUUUGUAGCAGGUUUAGGAUAACUUACACCGCAGUUUAGGAAAAGGGUCAGGGUUAGUUAAAAUGCACCAAAAAUCAACUUUUUCCAUCAAUUUGACAAAAGCUGUAUCCUAUCCAGACAUGAUCCUUAGGAAGGGGUAUCUUCUCCCUGUUUGUUAUAUAGCGCAGGGUCAUAAAAGCAGCAGGCUCCUUAAUUGCUUCAUGAUGGACACUAUUGUGGAAAAUGUUGUGACACCAAUGAUGAACUCCGUGAGAUGGAAUAUUUAGGUCUGGCUCGUCAGCGCUGGGAUGAAGCCCACGGACUGGGCCAAAACUAGAGAAUGGUGCCAGUUCUGCCUCAAUGUGGAAUGUCCUUUUCUUUGCCUCUUUCUCUCUUUAUCUGCUCCCCUGCUUCCUUCCCCUGAGGGGUCUCUGCCAACCUCUUCAUUUGAGAAUAAGUGAUACUUUAAAAUAUAUAUAUAAACCCCUUUUUUUUUUUUUUUUUUUUUUUUGCUGAUUCCCCUCAUUUUGUUCAGCUGUUGUGCAGUGAUGCAUGAUGGGACAUGGAAGGGAAGGUCUUUCUCCCUCAACACAAACGUUAUGCUGUGGACCAAUUCCAGCUGGGGUGGGGACGGAGGGGGCAAGGAAUGGGACAAAGUGGUCAGUAAGAAAAGGUUUUAAUAACAUCUCAUUUUAUUUGACCAUUUAAAAAAAAAAAAAAUCAUGUGAGACAAAAUGUGCUCGAGA